UCACAGGAUAAUGGGCGUGUUUUUUUUUCACCAACAUGUCGGCAUAGGAGUUUCUGUCAAACUUUACAGUGAUUAUUAAAACAUUCAGACGUGUAGAGGUUAGCAGUGUGAUGAAUAUGGUGUCUGAGCGCAGCCUGCAUCUAUGUGUACCCUCUGUGAGUGGUUCGUUUUGUAAAUUAAUUGUAUUCGUGGUAUUUAUCAGCACGAACUUCCCGGUUUCUGUCUGUGAAGGAAUCAAGUCAGGGAGAUGUCUGAUCUGGGGUCCAGGGCUGAACCCCGACACAGUGUUACCAGUCCGACACUUCUUUGUUCAGGCGGUGGAUUCAAAGGGAGACAACCUGACACUGUCUCCAGGUAAAGAUACAUUCAAGGUGAAGAUAAGUCCACUGGACAAGAAGGAGCACAUCCGGAUCCACGUCCCUCCACCUCUGGACAGAGGAGACGGCUCCUUCCUGCUCAGGUACCGGCUCUAUGGCACUGUGCUCAAAGGCCUCCAGAUUGAAGUCCUCCACCAAGAUGCUGCUGUCGCCAAGUCACCUUAUACCCUCCAAGGUCCGAUCUAUCAUGAGUACUGUGACUGUCCAGAGUCUGAUGCCCCUGUAUGGCAGAGCAUCAUGCAGUGUCCUGCUGAGGAGCCUCAGAUCCUAGCAGACUUCAAGUCGUUUCCAACGAUCGACCUGCAGCGUCUCAGACAGGAAGUCCCUCAGAGAUUCAGCAACAGAGGAGGUCUCAUCCACUACGCCAUCAUCAACAACCAGCUGCACCGCCGCACUCUGGGAAAAUACACCGACUUCAAGAUGUUCUCUGAUGAAAUGCUGCUCUCUCUAAUGAGAAAGGUGAGGUUGCCAGAUGUGGAGUUUUACAUCAAUGUCGGUGACUGGCCAUUAGAGACGAAGAGGAUGGAUGCUGUUCCCAUCCUGUCGUGGUGCGGCUCUACAGAAACACGCGACGUUGUCCUCCCGACCUACGAGGUGACACACUCCACGCUGGAGUCCAUGAGAGGUGUCACCAUUGACCUGCUGUCUGUCCAGGGGAACACAGGUCCUCCGUGGAUAAACAAAACAGAUCGAGCAUUCUUCCGUGGUCGGGACAGUCGAGAGGAGCGUCUUCACCUGGCCUCUCUGUCCAAGAAGAACCCUGAGCUGCUGGACGCCGGCAUCACAGGAUGGUUCUUCUUCAGGGACAGGGAGAAGCAUGUAGGCAAAGCCCCGCUUGUUGGAUUCUUUGACUUCUUCAAGCACAAGUAUCAGGUGAAUGUGGACGGAACAGUGGCAGCGUACCGCUUCCCUUACCUGAUGCUGGGUAACAGUGUGGUUCUGAAGCAGGACUCUCAGUAUUAUGAAUAUUUCUACACACACCUAAAAGCAGGAAGUCACUACGUUCCUGUGAAGAGAAACUUGUCAGACCUUUUGGAAAAAAUCCAGUGGGCCAAAGAGAACGAUGCUGAAGCACAAAAGAUCGCCCGAGCCGGUCAGGCGGCAGCGAGAGAGCUGCUGCAGCCAGGCAGACUGUACUGUUACUACUACAGAGUGCUGCACAUGUACUCGGAGCGGCAGGCAGGACAGCCUACACGCCAUGUGGACAUGGAGCUGGUGCCUCAGCCAGACGACCCCACUGCUGUGUGUACGUGUGAGCGUCAGAGCCACAAAGAAGAAACCAACAAGAAGGAGGAACUAUGAUGGAAUCUGCCUUCAUUCUUUAGUCAUUGUUUUUUUUUCUUCUGUGAAACAUUCCUGACCAUCAACAGUGUUGUCAACAAACAUCUUGACGUCCCUUUUUGUCUUUUAUACUGUGUGUUUUUGUACUUGAGUAAAGCUCUAGUUAGUAAUGCAAGAAACAAAAUGUGUUUUUACUGUAAUGUUAAUGUGCCUUCAUAUUGGAUGCCUGGAUAUGUGUAAGUGGUUUUAUAGUAAAAUAAAUAGAUCUUAUCUUUAGCACUUCAUAAGUCUUUACUUAAGAUGGAAUUUGAAUGCAUCGAGAAGGGAUUUGUUUUUCUGUCUGUUACCUGAUGAGCAUAGCUCUGUUUCUUUGUCGUCUACUGUUAACGCCUUUCACCUUGAUUAUGGAGAGGUCAUUGUGCUCAUAGGGUCAAACUGAGUCUUACCCCCCAAUAGUAAAAUACUCUGAAUCUUCUGUUGUGCAUUAAGUCUGUUAAAUCUGUUUUCUAACACUGCAAAAACUCAAAUCUAA